UGCACGAGGCUGGGAUUUAUCCUUACCCGAGGUGGAGAGGAAACUAAGUCCCAUGGGAGCAACGUCACUCCCCUCGGCAUAUCCACCACUGUCCGCUACAUGCGCCCAACACAGAGGACGUCAAGAUCGCUUCCAUCCUCAACGCGAAAUGCUUUGCGGACUGAAUCUAACUCGAGCAUUCCUCCCCGAUUCCGUGCGUUUCGGCGAGGAGGCAUUCGCAUGCUCAGGCAUACAAGCGGGCUAAACAAGUCCUCGGCGAAGUAGGAAGGUCAUUUUAAGUGGAGUGAGGGCUCGCGUCGAGUAUGGUCUGUGGUAAAGGGAACAUCAGAAAGAGCCAACAUCUGUAACUUCGGGAUUAACUUGUAAAGGCGCGUUUUACUGGAGACUGUGGGGUAUUCAGUGUUUAAACAUGCCUGUAAGAAGAGGUCACGUUGCGCCACAAAACACAUUCCUUGGAAUGAUUAUUCGGAAAUUCGAGGGACAGAACCGGAAAUUUUUGAUAGCCAACGCAAGGGUGGAGAACUGUGCAAUCAUAUACUGCAAUGACGGCUUCUGUGAGAUGACAGGCUUCUCAAGACCGGACAUCAUGCAGAAGCCAUGCACCUGCGACUUCCUCCACGGCAACUUGACCGAUAAAGAGGCCAUCAGCCAGGUGGCACAGGCUGUGUUUGGGUCAGAGGAGCGCAAGGUGGAGAUCACCUACUACCGCAAGGAUGGGUCUGACUUUCAGUGUAACAUUCACGUAAUCCCUGUGAAAAAUGAGGAGGGUUUGGUGAUGAUGUUUAUCUUAAAUUUUGAUUACGUCGUGGAUGAGGAAAGUGACAACUCCACAGAGAAGAUAAGCCCAACGUCCCCUACAAAGUCAGAUCACAGGAGCAGUAGAUUCUUUCGCUUCCGCCAGGCCGCUUUGAGCCUAAUGAAUACCAAGCAAUCUCUUCCGCAAGAGGACCCAGAUGCUGUGAUGGUGGACCCGCCCAAAGAGAAUGAGGUGGCCCUGCAGAACUUACCGUCACCCACCAAGAGCAUUUGCAGUCCCAUUGAGACCAAUGACACGCAUGGCCUUAUAGGCUCCAACCACCACUCUCCUCAGGCUAAUGUCGGCUCUGAACCACUUGACCAUUCAUCCCCUAAACUCCUCUGGGAGAACCUAUACCAGACAGAGCCCCACCAGUCCUCCUCUGCUCUGUCAAACACCUUCCCCAGAGGCAGCGUCAACAGCAUGAGGCGAGCCUCAUCUGUCCAUGAAAUUGAGGCCUACAGCUCCAAUUCCAAAAGCAUAUUCAGAUAUGGUCAAACCAGUGAAGGUCCUUUUAAUCACGUGAAGUCCAGCCUGCUUUGCUCUACCUCUGAUUCUAACAUCAACAAGUAUAGCACCAUCAGCAGGAUCCCUCUGAUUGCACUCACCUUCUCUGAGGGGACUGAUAAGAAGACUCAUUCUCCGCCAACAUCCGAGACGACCAUCAUAGCACCAAAAGUCAAAGACAGAACUCACAAUGUCACAGAAAAAGUCACACAGGUCCUGUCACUCGGAGCUGAUGUGCUACCAGAGUACAAACUCCAGACAGCGCGCAUUGACAAGUUCACCAUUCUCCACUACAGCCCAUUCAAAGCUGUGUGGGACUGGCUGAUCCUGCUGCUGGUCAUCUACACUGCAAUCCUCACUCCCUACUCUGCUGCUUUUCUUCUCAAUGACACAGAGGAGCAGAAGAGGCGUGAAUGCGGAUACUCCUGCAGCCCUCUUAAUGUAGUGGAUUUAAUGGUGGACAUCAUGUUCAUCAUUGACAUCCUCAUAAACUUCAGGACCACUUACGUAAACCUGAACGAGGAGGUGGUCAGCGAUCCAGCUAAGAUUGCAAUCCAUUACUUUAAAGGCUGGUUCCUUAUAGACAUGGUGGCGGCAAUCCCCUUUGACCUUCUUAUCUUUGGCUCAGGCUCAGAUGAGACCACCACUCUGAUUGGCCUGUUGAAGACAGCUAGGCUCCUGCGAUUGGUGCGUGUAGCCAGGAAGCUGGACCGCUACUCUGAGUAUGGUGCUGCAGUCCUCAUGCUGCUCAUGUGCAUCUUUGCCCUCAUUGCCCACUGGCUAGCCUGUAUAUGGUAUGCCAUUGGCAAUGUGGAGAAACCCUACUUGGAGCACAAGAUUGGCUGGCUAGACAAUCUGGGCGUGUCCAUAGGAAAGAGAUACAACUACAGCGACCCAAGCUCUGGUCCCUCUAUCAAGGACAAGUAUGUGACAGCACUUUACUUCACCUUCAGCAGUCUGACCAGCGUGGGCUUUGGAAAUGUUUCCCCAAACACCAACUCAGAGAAGAUCUUUUCCAUCUGUGUCAUGUUGAUCGGCUCCCUCAUGUAUGCCAGUAUUUUUGGAAACGUCUCUGCCAUCAUCCAGAGGUUGUACUCGAGUACGGCCCGAUAUCAUGCUCAAAUGUUACGGGUCAAGGAGUUCAUACGCUUUCACCAGAUUCCCAACCCGUUGAGGCAGAGGCUGGAAGAGUACUUCCAACACUCCUGGGCCUACACCAACGGCAUUGAUAUGAACACGGAGGUGUUAAAAGGUUUUCCUGAGUGCCUGCAGGCAGAUAUAUGCCUUCAUCUCAACAAGAGUCUUCUUCAAAACUGCAAAGCAUUCCAAGGAGCCUCCAAAGGCUGCCUGAGGGCCUUGGCCAUGCACUUCAAAACCACUCAUGCCCCACCUGGAGACACUCUGGUCCACAGUGGUGAUGUGCUUACCGCUCUCUACUUUCUGUCCCGCGGCUCUAUUGAGGUCCUUAAAGAUGACAUUGUGGUAGCCAUCCUUGGAAUAAAUGACAUAUUUGGAGAAAUGAUCCAUCUAUUUGCCAAGCCUGGGAAGUCCAACGCUGAUGUGCGAGCUCUGAGUUACUGUGACCUGAGCACCAUUCAGAGGGAAGAUCUGCUUGAGGUGAUAGACAUGUACCCAGAGUUUGCCGACUACUUCUUCAACAACCUGGAGCUUACCUUCAACCUCAGAGAUGAGUCUCCAAAGCCAUCAGGCUCCCAAGGCGGGGAUUCAGGCGGCGAGGCCAGUAAGAGCAUUAAAAGAAGGAUCUCUUUUACACCAGAUGUAUCUAAAGGGGGAAACAAGGAAGUUGUUAAACCCUUGGGGAGGGGGAGGGAGUCUAACUCGUGCCUGAAGAUAAGUUCAGAAUUCCUGGGUCCUUCUCCACCCAAUGCCCCAAUCCUGGACUCCAAUCUUAUUGUCAGAGACAACAAAAAGAGAAGACCAUCUUUUGAAGAUCUGUGCUGUGAUAAAUGGGCCUGUAAGAAGCCUACGGACUACCUGGAUGAGUCAGCACAGUUGCAGGACCUGAGAGACGAUAAUUCUGCCAGCGAGAUCACGUAUGGAGAGUUGGAACACCGCUUAGGUCAGCUUCAAGAGCACUUAAACAGGCUGGAGUCUCAGCUGAUGACAGAUAUUCAGACCAUCCUGCAGCUGCUGCAAAGACAACCGACACUGGGACCUCCAGCCUAUAGCACUGUGACUGCCAGUCCAGACUAUCACAGACCUGCUGUGAAGGUCCAGCCAGUUGCUCUGACUGCAAGAGAUUUUUUCAGCCAUACAGGAACUCAAGGCCCCAGCGUCCAACUGGAGAAGGCCAUUCAGGAAUCCAAAGACUCUCUGUCGAGCUUGGCCAACUUGAAUGCGCCCAUUGAGGGCAGCCUUACAUCAUUACUUGUACAAAGACAUACAGAGCCACAACAGCAACGACAGCAGCAACAACAGCAACCGAUCCCAGGGCAUCAACAGUCUGCACUGAUCCUUCUUCCAACUGAAACCUCUUCCACCUCCUCAUCCUCCCAAGCCCCUUCUGACUCCAACCUGAACAUCCCUGGACUCCAUACACCUGUCUCAGACCAAGAGUUUCCAAGGCCAUAAACCUUCCAGCAGCACAGUGUUCAUAUAUCUGGGUUGUACUUUAAGUAGCAUCAUUUGAGCAGCAUGCUGGCACAGACAUCUGUGUUGUCCAUUUGCUAUGGCUUGAUAAUAGCAGUAAGAUGUGUUUUUUUUCAUUGUGCAUGUGGAUAAAAAACUGUUCGCUGCAGUUAACAGUAUGUCAAAUUGUUUUCUGCAGUUAUCAGUGUAAUAACAAUGGUUACAUAUUGUGACAUUCAUUUUAUCAACACAGUAGCCCUCUGAUGGACCCUUUAAGCAUCAUCCCACACACACUCAAAAUGUACAUGUAGAUGUCCAACCAAUCAGGAUGAACCUAGUCAACCACACAGAAAGUGGCCCUAUACAGCACUUCCCCAUAUACUAAGUCUACAGCUUCCUAACUAAGUUCAACUUAAUGGGCAGGGAUGCUGGUUAAAGGGCGCCAUCUGGUUGUGAUAGAACUAAAACUACAACACUUAAUCAACUUUCUGUUUCACCCAGGCUUUGUACUCUAAUGGGCUCUAAUGGAUUAUGUACCACUCCUUGUGCCACAACAUUUCAUGUCCCAAAACACAAUUGGUCAUGCUGGGCUGAGUGGGCCACAAGGCUAGAGUCAGCCAUAAUGAACACCUCACCUAGUGUUUGCAAAUGGGUUUCAAGCACCAGUGCACCAGUCCAACUACAUUCACAACUUUAUUCGUGGACCCCAGGAAACAGAUCUGACAACCUUGACCAUCAGAGAGAUGUGUCCCUCCCUCCAUCAUUACUUGCUAAGCAAGAGGAGCUGACUGACCUACCUCACACUAGACAGGUCGCAAUGUCUAGCAACACCCAUCACCCAGGCCGUAGCCACUAUAGCUCACCUGUGCAGCAGAUGGCGGACGGCCCAAAAAAACUGCAAGUGCAUACACAGCAUGACUCAAGCCAACUGCUCCACAACAUCCUGAGGUAAGGUACCUUUAGGUGCUGAGCAUGCUUGGAAAGAUCCAGGGAGAGACCAGAAGCACAGACUUAUGGCAAAGACCAAAGACUCAAAAACUCAAAAACCACUCAAAGUCGUUCCUGGUCCGUGGAAGACUAGGACCAGGACUAAAGAUCGUAUGUGCUGGCUGGAGGAGACCCAUCUCUGUCACCAGGUUGUCCAGGCAGUUUACAACCUGAGACUUAGAAGCAAGAAUGAAAGCCAAAGCUAGAGCCCUGCAUGACUUUGUGUCCUCAUUGCCAUCAUGCAUGUACUGUAUUAGUACCCAAAGCAUGAGGAUGUAACAUUUUCACUACAGGAAUAUAAUGACACAGACAUUCUUCCUCCAUUUGCUGAAACAUUUGCAUGGCAACUGACUCUUAGGCACUGACAAGGCCAUAGGUUGAAACACAUAUGGUGAAGUUCCACUGCUGGGAUAAACCUGGUAAGUCCUGUUAGAGCCUGUUAAGAGUCUAAACCUUGUGCAAAUACAGACUCUGCCACUCAGAGAGCCUGCAUAUGAACAGACUAUACAAACUAUUUUCUGCAGCUAUUAGUGUAAUACAACAUUAUUACAAAGGUGUGAGAACAGUUUUCUUAUCCUUAGUAGUAGUCUUAUCCUUCUUUGAAGUGUGACUCAGGGUUUAUGGAAAAUUGCACUGCAAUAUACAGUACAGUAUCAAGUAUACUGUAGUUUUCUUUUUUAAACGAUGUGCAUUAUUACUGCAGUCGCUGACGUGCACCUACUGUACGACGUUAAGCCAACAGAACACACCAUACAUGCUUGUCUGGGCAGAUAUCAUAACAUGCAGAUUUACAAAUACUCUGUCUGUAAAUAAUGCUGUUAUCCCAGAGCUAUAGGCCUCUGACAAACAAGUAUGGUGUAGAUAUUUCUACAUGGCAGUGCAUGUGUUUUAUAUUUAUAUAUUUACUGUUUUGCACUGUUUAUGAGCCCAAAGUAGCACAUUUCAACAUAAAAUGAUGUCAGCAUAUUUGUCUCUUUUUAGGAUGUAUUUAGAGGGUGUGUUGGGAGAGAGGGGGACACAUUGAACGUGCAUAAGCAGGCCUCAGAGAGGGUCUUGUGCCUAUACAACCAAUCUAAAUGCUAAGUCAGCAUCAUCUUCAUGUAUAACUAACCAUGACAUUGACAAAGCAUAUCGUUUCCCUGAACUGUUUUUAUUGGCAAUGUACAAUAAAGUUAAAAUGCUAUUAGAUAAUUGUUAGAAAGUAAAUACAUUACAUGCAAGAUGUAAAAAAAAAGAAGUAAAUUAUAUGAGAAACUAUUUAGCACAACAGUAAGUACAUAUGUUUGUUUUGAAGAUGUGGGAGUAAUAAAUGAAAACACUUUUAGUUUU